AUGCCUGAGGAAAGAAAAGAUGAAACAAACGCCAGUAAUGUCGGCGAAGAAGAAGGAGAAGAGGAGAUUCCAUCGGAUAUAAUGCCACUCUUCUUCACGAGCAAAACCCAAGAGAUAUUUGGGUGCAAGGGAGACGAGGAUGUCACCGAGGAAAAUCCCUACAAGUUGAUCCCUAAAGAAGCGGUAUUUCAGGAUUUUAAAGACCGAGCAGCUGUUUCAGAUUUUCAUCCAGCCAAACAAAUCGUGUUGGUAGGCUUGCAGUUUCUUGGAACACAUAUUAAAGCUUAAGCUCAAGUUUCUGGUUACAUGUAACCACUUUAUGCAUGUCACUGGCUUUUAAUUUGUGCAGGAUUACCCAGGCGACGAACUUCUUGUGGUGUAUGAUCCUGUGUUCAAGUAUGGUCAGAAUUUUUACCUGGUUCUUACGGAGGAAGCUAAGGAAAGAAUCCUAAAUGUAAGUGACCAAUACAAUUUAAACACUGGUUUACAUGUAAGUCCCGGCGUAGUCAUUCGAUAAUAUCGAUAAUCGAUAACAUUCGAUAACAAUCGAUAAAAAUCGAUUAAUUUUUUCGAAAUUCGAUAAAAUUCGAUAAAAGAGUUCGGUGUGAGUAAUCGAUAAUUAUCGAUGUUUGAAUUAGGAUUAUCGAAAAUCGAUAAAUAUCGAAUUUAUCGAAACUGAAUUAUCGUACCAAUUUUCGACAGGGAAACACCAAAACAUAUUUAAGAGCUCGCAGAGACACUUAUAACAACUUCCGUGUUCGUUCAUCUUUUCCACAAACUUUUAUUAAUACUCAGCGUUUGUUCCAUUUGAAAUCCGCUAUAGAUCCCUGGUUGAUUAUUCCACUGUUUAUUUAUUUGCUGAUGUAACACAAUCACACGUUCGUUGCUCUUUCACCCAGUCUUGAAAGGGAAAGAUGAAUCCGAUAAAAUCGAUAAAAUUAACACUUCGUCGGCGUGUGAGUAUCGAUUUUUAUCGAUUGACCGAUAAAGUCGAUAUCGCUUAAAAUCAAUCAAUCGAUUUUUAUCGAUUUAUCGAAUGAUUUUCCGAUAUCAAUUUUUAUCGAAUGACUACGCCGGGAUGUAAGUUCAUGUGUGUUCUUCCUCUGUUUCCCGGGUUGCUCGAAGCAUGGUUAGUGCUAACCAGCAUUAAAUACCAUGGAAACCUAUACAUUUUGAUACCUCUUAACCAACGGUUAGCGCUAACCAGGCUUCGAGCAACCGGCCCAGGCUUACGACAGAUGCAGUUCAUGCUGUUAACUUAUUGCUUUCAUUUAUUGCGGGUGACAAAAGGAGCCCGCAAUCCUCAUUUCCAGGUUGUUGUUGCGCAUGUGUCACUUGUAUGUAGUCAGGAUUCGUUUGGACCUCCACUAAGAAUGUAUGGAAGGCACAGAAUGCAAUUUGAUAAUGAACGUUUGGACCUUCUAUCACUCGAAAUCUGAUCGUUCGCGUUUUUCACCUGUCACAUGAAACUUACGCAAAGCAAUGCACUGGAGCAAAAGCGUUUUGACCUUUGAUAGUUGUCGUCCACACUCUGUAUUAAACCUUUGGUUAUUGCUAGUUUUGUUCAUAAUAACUGUUGCAUUCUAAUACCUUCUAAAAAAAUUAAUAUUAUUCUAAUAUAUUUGGGUUAAAAUGAUAUCAACCUAGUUAGAUUGAAAUCACUUUAACUUACAGUAAACUUUGUUCAUUUUGAUCUGAAUAAUUGAAUAAUUAGGGCUAGGAGUCAAAGCAAAAUCACACAAGACUGGAAUCAUUUUAGCUUGAAUGUAUUUGUGCUCUGGCGGUGCUCUGUUGUCUCUGGUAUCUUAACUAUUUUCCCGGGCAACUAGAAAAUCAGUUUUUUCCCCUAGAAAUCUUAUACUGGGCACCUAGGCAGACCUCUCAAGUCUCACGGUUUUGAGGGCAACCUCAAGGUCUCUCGAUGAGGCUCAAAAAUCUCACUGUAAACAGAUUCACAAGCUGAUAGAAUACACUUUCCUUGAAUAUUUUCAUUUUUGCCUUGUAAAAUUGAUUUUCUGGUACUAAUUCUGUAGAAAUCCACAAUUCUAAGGCACAUUUGUCAUAUUUUGAUCGACUGGUUGACAAGACAUGGACCUCAGAACCAUAUGUAGAAGACAAAAUUAAUGCCAAAUAAGCUUAUCAUUACCAGUUUGUUGCAUCCAGAUGCAUUUGGUCCACGUUGUCAAAAUGGCAGAAAAUGGUGAAUAUUGAUAAACAGAAAAAGAAACUAUAUUUUGAUGAACACCUGGUUUUAGUUCUUUUUAGUUCCCAAAUCUCCAGUCACUGUUUUAUUUACCUUGAUCUCCAGGAUUUUGGUCUUUUAAGAUUGAGAGGUCUGCCUUGGAUUUUGCAGGUUCAGAGCAGUCUGGGUUCCCUUCAAUUUUUCUUCGAAAAAAAAAAAAGCAUUUCUGUAACACCCCUUCUUUAGAAAAGGGGUACUACAGUACAUCUAUUAGUCAUGUCUCCUCCAAAACUGAGCACUGGCUAGAAGAGAGCUGUGCAGAGGCCUGGUUUAAUAACUGAGAUCACCAUACUUUGUAUUUUUUUUAAUCCAAUCUCAUUAGCCUCCUCAAGAGGAGCUCCAAGCUGGUGAAGGAGAAGAGGCUGAAGAAGAAGACCUUGUUUUAACCCUUAGAAAGUUUCCUAGGACUCCACAGCCUUGGUUAUCACUGGGAAGUGAAGUGGAAGUGGAAGAGGAAAAUGUGAUAGAAAACAGACCAAAGGUUAGAGAAUUAUUGACAGAGGCAUUGUCAUUGCUGUGUGUACUUGUAGCCCUAUCUAAAAAUUAGUUCAUUGUGCUGUCAAUGUAUGCAGAAUGCUUCAUAAGCUUUUUUUAUUUGAUGUGUGAUUUCAUUGACAACAUGUAGGUGAAAUUUAGGAUUUCAAGGAAAAGGCGUGAGUUUGGAGCUCCUGUUUUCUUAAGUGACCGCAAUGUAUCAGAUGCCAAAGAUGGCUUUGUAGAAUGCCCUUCAUUUGAUGAUGACAGUUAUGGACUUCUAAAGAAAGAGUUGGACAAAGGCAUACAGGUUUGUGAGAGCCCAAUGGAUACAUGUACUGAAUGAUUAAUGUCAGUGAGACAAAAAGCUCACAGGGGUCCAGGGUUCUCAAAAGUAGCCGGCUGCGGGCGAAAAUCGGUGCCUACUUGGUUAGUAUCGGCUGGCUACUCUUCUUGGCAUUUCUUUACGGAUGGCAUGUUUUAAAUAAAAUAUCCCUGGACUGGCCUCGUACUUUGACAACUCAGCUGUCUACUUCAAAACUUUCUGACAACCCUGAGAGGGUUAAAAUUAUUGGAGGGCGUAAUGAAGUUAGGUACUGUGCUGUCUGCUAUUUUGUGCGAUAAAAGACUGCUGUAAGGCACCUUUGUUUUAUUUAACAGAACCACAUCUUUUACACGUAACUCUGCAGUGCUGUUAGUUAACACAGUUUGCCAGAUUUUAUGACUUUGAAUAACUUUUCUCAAUCCUUUCUCUUUGGUAUUCAAAGUCUUUGGAUUUUCAAACAGCUUAUGCUCAUUCAGUUAAAACAGGGCAGUGAUUUUGUUACAAAAAGUUAUGCUUAUAGUCUUGGGACUCAUCUUGUGAAAAAUCAUGAGUCCAAGCUAAGUCUACAACCAAUGAGUCCCAGUUUAAAAAAACAAAGAGUUUGAAAUUGAAAAUGCUUGGGCCUUUAUGUAACCAGAUGGUCAAUCUGAAGACAGACUCUAAAACUCUGUAUUACAGUUUACUGAUAUUAAAAUAUAGUCCUUGACUAUUUUAAAGCUCAACAAAGUCUAAAAGAAAUAAUUUAUGCAUCAUUAAACAAUAGCCAUAAAUAACUUCCUCAGAAAUUACGCAAACAGGAUUUUUCUAGAAACACACAUGUUCAGAUUGAUACGUGUAGAUCGAUCUUUGCAUCCUACUGGACGCAUUCCUUGAAUUAUUUUGCGUUUUGCAUCACAGGACACAGAGGUAACAAAAUCACUGACUGGGUGUAGCAAAGCCCAACAGGGGUUUUCCAUGACAUGUGAUAGGUCCCAAAUUAUCAGCAUGAUAUGUGAUCGGGCCCAAUUUAGCCGCUUGAGGUGUGAUUGGACAUAACUGGGUGGUUUGUGAUUUACCAUAUUCACAACACGUGGUGAAUCAUUUUCCUUUUAGCUUUCUGGAUUUUUGAAUAUCAUUUGUAAGUAGAACCAAAGACAUAGAAAACUACAGAUAUUCAUGACAUCAUUUUCUGGUCCUUUUUAUUGUUCCUCAACCUCUAAUCUCCUGUCAGAAUUGUACUAUGACCCGGAGGAGGUACUUGACCAAUAUUUGGGUACAGGUGAACCACUGAGGAUUUGAAACCCUGACCUUGUUUAGGGCAAAAAUUCUUAAAACACAUACACCCCAUGUACCCUGUUUAAGACAACACCCUCAAUUUUAUUACCCUGUUUAGGACAAAAUGCACGCUGUCGUCAAUGUUAAAGCCAUUUAUUGGCAAUUGCAAUAUACCAAAUUCAAGGCAUGGUUAUUGCUUCUGUAUACAGUCGAAGCUCUCCUUGUGACCACUCUCGUAAGCAACUACCUCUAGCUACAACCACUUUUUCAAAUUUCAAAGGAGGUCGCUUAUGAGAGCUUUGACUGUACUUGGAGUACAAACAAAAUUCAUCGAGCAAAUCACAUCAAUCACACAGGCUAACAGACUCACACAAAGUUAUAAAUUAUAUAAAUUAUUAUUUAUACUCUGUUUAGGACAGAGAGAGCAAAAACCAUUCCCUGUUCAGCAGCACAUCCCCGUAUUUGUCAUAUACAUGUAAAGGAGUGCCUUCCCCCCUCCCUCCCCCCAGGAUUAUGAUCUCUAUUCUCAGAUCAGUGAAUACCAGUUAAUAAUGGUUCGUAAAUUUCAGGAAACCCACUUUUGAGCAGUUAAAGUCAUUAAAUUAACUGUUAAUGUGCGAUCCUACCCAACGGACACUGAGAACAAUUUAUUAGUCAGAGCUGAUUCAUUCAAUGGAUUGAGAUAUUGCCACAUUUACUUACUGCAAUUUGCCAUUUCUGAGAUGCUCCUAGUCUUUGUUUUAAAGUGAGGCUAAGUGUGAAGCUAUUGAUAUGAAAAUUAUUUUUUAUUCUCAUGCAAAAUUAAUAAUCUCUUUUUCUCAAGAAAGGUUUUGUGCUUAGCCUUUUGAAAGCGAGAGUGUUUGGAACUCAGAAGUGACCUAUUGCACACCUCAUUUACGUGAUGAGUGACGGCCAAUUUUUUUUCCCGUGAUGCAUGUGAUGGCCAAAAAAAAAUUAGGCAUAUGAUGCAUGAUAGGAACCCCUUCCUUUGCCACCCUACAAAAAGGGUGCAAUGUCCUUUUGUACUUGAUGUUUACUAGACAUUAUAUGAUAAGUUUUAAUUAAAUAAACCUGGUUUGUGUGCACAUUUAUUGUGCAUACCACAGGAAAGGAGUCUGAAUUGCAUUUGGCUGUUGGUGUCUUUCUUUGCAGGCUGUUCCAGUGUUAACUGACAUUGGGAAUCAAACAGAAUGGUAAGGUGCUGAUCAGGGCUAUACUGCAUGGCUUGGUAAAAAAUCAACUCUUUGAGAGGGAAAUUGAUGUUUAAGGAUAAUACUGUAAACUGUUUAAAUGGAUGUUACCACCAUUCAAAAGGAAGUUAAUACACGCGUAGUUUGUGAACAGACACAAUGUAUGCAAACUGUUUAAUUUUGUUUUUUCUUAAACUUCAAAGUUAUGUUUGGCUUUAUUUCAGAUACAAAAGAUUAAUGAGUGACCAUCUCCUUGAAACAGAUAACUGUUGGUUUGAUUCUGAUAAUUUUACAGUCACAUAAUAUACACUCGCAGUUUUAUGUCUACUGUGUGCAGUUGCUGUAUUGUAUUAUUGUGAUUUUUACCCUCUGCAUUUUUUGUUUCCAGAGGGGACUUAAAGCUACAUACUUACAGCUGUAAAUAACUUGAUUUAUAUACAUGUUAUUAUCACAAAAUUAUUUCAGUCAUACACCUGUACUAUACAAUUUAUUUCUACAGGAGAAAACCUUGUAAUGCAGUGACCCAGUAUGCUCCACGGACCAUAGAGGAAAAAACUAAAGGGGAGAUACAAAAAUCAAUGGUUGACUUACUUAGUUUUAUGGACAAGGUCACACCAAGGUACUUGUAUUAUGAUCAAAUAUUAUAUGUAUGUGCUGGCUCUUACUUUACUGCUCAGUACCUGGAGAAAAGUAUUUGGUUUUUUCUGUCCCUUUUGACUGUGAAAAAAUAACAUGAUGUACAGUAUUUGCACACCAUGGUAUCCAUUCACUUAUCCUACAUGUACCCCUUGAUCUCUCUGCAUCUUUUUUUGGAUCUGUCAAUCCAUACACCCACCUAAAUGGGCUGUUGCAAUUUUUAUAAAAUACUUGUAAUAAUAAUAAAAUAAUGGAACUAAAAUAAUACUUGCCAUUUUCCAUUUCUGGAAUUACUGUUGAACCUCCAUUAACGACCAUCUCUCCACAACGUUCACUUCUCUACAACAGCUCUUUUUUGGCGGACAUUCUGUACAUCAUGACUCUUCUUUAAACCUCUCUACAAUCAAAUCGCCACUUUCUUCUGUCCCCAAGGUGGCCGUUGCAAAGAGGCUCGUCAGCUAUAUAAUCUUGAACAUUUUGUUCGUUGUAUGGUGUUCAAAUGUCUGAUAACUCAGGACUAAUGGAUUUUGCUAUCAGGCCUGUGCGUUCUAUUCUUAAGUUUCCCAACAGGCAAGUGAUGUUUUUCAUGGAAUUCAAAUCACAGAGGAACCGUAAUCAAACCUGCUCAUCAAAAAUUUUUUUUUUCGUGUUAGUUGAAAUGACUUUUGAAUUAGUACAUGCUUAUUACAACUUCCGUGAAAUUCCCUUUCUUUGCACCCUGCAUUAUCAUCCUGGCUUGCUGUUGUCCACUGUAUGAUGUGAAAAAAGAUUUAGAUGUAUUAUUUUGUUGUUGUUGCAGAUUUGAGUUGGCUUUACAACAAAAUGAGAUUUUAGAUGUGUUUUAUGAUGACUAUUUGUCCCUGGCAGAUGAUGAAACUACUUUUGGUGCAAAGUCAGACAACUAUUUAAAGGUUAUGUGAUACAUCAUGAAUUAUAAAACAAAACCAAUAAAAAGUUACAAUUUUACUUGUUAGAGAACUCGUGCACAACAAAGAUAUUUACCACAGUGUUUUCAAGUUAGAUCUGAUGAAAUGAGAAUAUGUUUGUUAAACACAAUAUUAUUGAAUUUAAGUGUCACUCACUCAGCAAAUUUUCAUUCUUUGGCAUAUUCGUGGAAACAACAUGUACAUGUACCAUAGUUGAAUUAUGAAAGUUAAGAUUUCUUUUGGUAUCAAAAAAUAUUAUGUAAUUAUUAAAUUUAUGCCGCAUUUCGUGUCUAAAUAUAUUGUGGUUCUGCCAUUAGGUAGCUGUAUAGCUACUUCAUAAAGCAGUGAUCUUUUUGCUUAGAAGCUAGGUUUACUGAAGUCUCCUAUACUACAACUGGGUGGCGAAUGUUCGUUUGUCUUCUAUGUUGCAGGAAAUGUUUUUAACAGUCUUUCUGAUUCGUAUUCAAGGUAAUAAUUUGCAAUCAUGUGAUGUUUGCAGGAAUACCAGUCCUUCACUGAUCUUCAGUACAGCAAGGAAAAAACUAUCACAGACAUUCAAUGGCAUCCUGCUAUCAAAGGUAGCAUUAACCUUUAAAGUUGCCAGUAAAGUUGAUUGUAAAAUGGCCUGUAAAGUUGUCUCUAAUUUUGCAUAAUAAAAUAAAGAAAGAAAGAAAUAAACAUUAACUAUGACAUUCCAGAGGAUUUUUUGCCUUUAAUGCAGGUUGCUAUGAGCAAUCUCUACAGGGUACAGUGCAGUAGAUGUAUAGCUAAAUUAUUUAGUUCGACACCUAGGGCUCUGGUUCUCUGUUAUUUUUUGAGAAAACAGGUUUAAUAAAUAUUCAAAAAGUAGUGCAUUAAUUAUUCGUUAAGACUAUAAUGCACUAACAAGAUGACAUAAAAAACAAAUAGUUAUACAGAUGUACAUUACAUCUACAUAUUAAUUUUGUGAAUCACAAGUUGCCCUGUAUAAGCCUGUCAGUACUUACAGGGAGUGUAGAGUGUUCUAGACAGGAAUAUUUAUGGCGUCGACGCCGGGAUUCGAACCCGGGCCACAUUGGUGGGAGGCGAGUGCUCUCACCACUGUGCCACCCUUGCUUCCCGAUAUGAGAGCAAAACCGUCUCAGAGAGAAAUUUAUUAAAGCCUCUAGAUUUGGGCGUCAUUUUGGGUUAUUACUGCCACGGACAUUGUGAAGAAAUUGCAAAAUACAAGUUAGUUAUUCAAGAAUUUAACGCUUAUCAGAUGCUUAAAAAAAUCAGUGUCCGUAUUAACAGGGUUUGACUGAAAAGUGUUUAUUGAUGACUUGCCUUUCUCUUAUUCUUUACAUUCAAUAGGCAUCAUUGCAGUUUCCUGUGGUGAAGGUCUUUCAUUUGAUGACAGAGUGGAUUACUUUUCUCGUAUUCUUAUGACUUCUUCGCUGGUGCUUAUCUGGAGCUUCUCUGACCCGAUUCAUCCGCUGGUAUGUGUUUAUGUAAUAAAAUAAAGCAAAGGGUACUUUCAAAAAAUAUAAAAGACAGUGUUAUCGAUGUUAAUGUUUUUCCAAAGACAUAAUAGACUUUACAAUAAAGAAAAUGACAUUCCGAUGGUGUUACUGAAGAUGCAUUAGCAUGGUAAUUGCAAAAAUAAAACGACGGAUGAUUAAAAUGAACAUUUUUACGGGAAAAUGUUCUCCUUAAGAAUGAUCUUAUUGAAUUCCCGUAAAAUGAAAUGAAUUUAUAUUUUCUGUUAAUGAAAGCCAAAGGUGUAUUAGUGAAACCAAUUGUGUUAAACACUGGAGAGAAAUUUAUCUAGUGGAUAGGGUUACCCACAUGAUAAUUGGAGGUGUUCUAAUGGUAUUUUUAAAACAGAAUGUAUUGUUCUUUAGGCUCUUCUUGAAGCUCCUGAUGAUAUCUUUUGCUUCAAGUUUAAUCCUUCUGACCCAAAUAUCAUUGCUGGAGGCUGCAUAAAUGGACAGGUAACAGUUCAGUUCCAUGUUGGUAGAGCUGCAAGUAUUUUACUUGUCUCUCUUUAAAAGGACAUAGCGUGUGGCACGAAAUUUUUGCAGGUUCUAAUUUUUGCGAUUUUUCCAGCUAUUCUCAAGAAUAAGUUCCCGCAAAUAAAAAUUACCGCAAAAAUUUGCUCCUGAGUAAUGCAUCAGUCAAUUCCACCUGCGCCCAACCCCCCUGCCCCCUUCGGGCUGAACCCAGAGCAUUAGCAUUUUUUUUGCCUUGGAUGGCAAACUCCCGGAGGUGGGGGCUCUUGAGCUGUCAAAUCCCCCGGGGUGGGGACGAAAAAAGAGGGCAAAUGCCCCGUCCUCCGUCAACACUGCAACAUUUUUCAUUGAUCGCACAGUCAAAUGGUGCCGUUUUAAGCAUUUUGAUGUGCGAUUUUUUGGUUUAAUUAACGUCUUCCUUUGUAAUAGCGCGAGGAUUCUAAUUAAGACUUGCACCAGUUUAUGGUUUUAGUAUUAGUAUAAAAUUAUUGACAUUAAAAUUAAUAGAGCGCUGCAAAGUUAUAUCAGUUGUAAAAUUAUGCGAAUUAUUUUGUUAUGUUUAGAUUGUGUUGUGGGACAUAACAAACCAUGGUGACAGAUUACGCAGCCACAGACAGUCCCAUGGUCAAACGAAGAAAAACUCCAUGAACACACUGGUAAGGAGUGCUCAUGCAGCAUACUAUGGCAUCUAUCAGUAACUGCAGUUGUGGUCCGGAUGAAGAAACGUUGAUCUGUGUUAAAGCGGAAAACUGAUCGAAUGAUAUGUAGAAUAUGAUGCGUUUUUAGCCCGCAAGGCGUGGGGAUAUCGUGAGAAGUCACGCACGAGUGGCACGCGUAACGAGACGGAAGAGCGAGGAGCGGGUUUGCCACUCACGCGGAUCAAUUAUUUGUCUUCAAUCAAAGGGGAUAUCGUGAGAAGUCAAGCUCAAGUUGCACGCUUAAGGAGACACGAGAGCGAGGGGUGGGUUUGCCAUUUGGUUGGACGUUCACUUUUUAGUCUGCAGGCAAGGGGAUAUUGCGAGAAGUCACACGCGAGGGGCACGUUUAAGGAGACGGAAGAGCGAGGAGCAGGUUUUCCACUCACGCGGAUCACUUAUUUGCCUGCAAGCAAGGGGGAUAUCGCGAGAAGUCACGCUCGAGUUGCACGCUUAACGAGACACGAGAGCGAAGGGCGGGCUUACCAUUUGCGUGGGCGUUCACUUUUUAGCCACGAGUAUCAUUCCGUUUGCCAAACGAAAUGGAGAGCUUGCUCGCAGGUUAAUGUGUAUUCAGAAAUGCCAUCUUCAUCAUAUCGGCUAUCCUAAUGCACGAUAUCUCCAGUAACUGGGCUCCUUCAAAAAUUUCUGAAUUGCUCGUCCGUUCUAACAUGAUCCACUCUCAUUAUACCAGAUUUUCUGCCGCAGGUAAUUUUUAUGUCUAGAGAUCUAGACUCAAUCAGCUAUUAUUACUUUUUUUAGAAGUGGUGUGACAAUUUGGAACAAACUUCCUCUUCCGUUACGUGAACAGCGCAAAGAGCAAAUUACAUAAAUUACUGAUCAAGGUUUUGGAGACUAAGAAGGUGUAUGUUGAUAUGAGUACCAUUACCAAUUCCUACCUGAACUCCUUAUCCAGUUCAAGUGUUUUCCUUCCUUAUAUCUAUUCUCGGUUUUCACUGUCACGCAAUCAAAAAUAAAAUUGCAAACCAUUCAAUACAGAAAGUCCCGAAUCUAGGAAAUAAAAGAAGAUAAAUAAGCAAAAGGCCUCGCCAAGAAUCAGGUCUGUGCGAUAUUUCAUAUGCGAGAUAUUAGGAAAAACGUUUUACCCAAAUUUACAAAGCUUUGUAUGGCGACGCCAUGUUUGUGUCCCUUUGCGGGGCACAAAUAUGGCCGCCGGAAACCAACAGAAACAUCUGUUUUUGAUUUUUCCUACUAAUGCGUUAAUUCAUCGCUUGAAAAACUCAUAAACUAUUAAAGUGAUAUUUAUUCUGAGACAAAGAAUGUUUAGACAGCAAAAUCUCCCAAAAUUGGUAAUGUUUUUAACCCACAUAAGAGCCGUUGUGGCCGCCAGCUAAAUGCCGCGUCACGCAAAAGCCUAGAAAUUCAAACGUCCUCUAUCGCAAAACGAAGAACCCUUUCGAACCAAAACUCUUUUUAAAUAAAGGUGUUUAGGUGCUGUAAUACCUCAUGAAACUCAGAAACUCAGAAGAAUCGAUAGUUUCUUAGUUUGAAUUUUGGUGACGUCAUGUGAAAACCGAGAAUAGGUGCUACAUUUUAUUUAUUUAUUUCAUUUUAUUUUUGUUUUCUCUUUACUUACCGUUCUUUUGCCGACUUUAUAGGAGACAAUUAUUGUAUUGUUGCCCACCUAGAAUAGCUCCAUGUGGGUAACAUAGUCUUAAUAAAUUAUUUGAUAGUUGAAUAACUGUUGUUGUUGUUAAAAAAAACUCUCGUCGCGCCAUAAGGCGCGAAAUGUGCUUUAUGCAAAAUAUGAUCCAUUACUUAAAAGUGUUUGUUUGCCGGUAAUAUUGGUAUUUCAAGUAGAUUAUUUUUCAAGCAAAUUUAAUGAUUUAUUAUCUCAGAGAGAACAUCAAUCAACAUAAGCGUUUUUUUCUUUUCUUUUUCAAGCCUGGAUUUGAAGAUGAAUCAAGUUUCGACCGUUCACCCAUUCUCCGGUACUGUGCAGUGUCGUCUAUUGAACACAGUCAUAAGACAGUUGUUUCAGACAUUAUGUGGAUACCUGAUCAUAUGGAGGUAACCAGGAAGCUGAAUUUACCAGAAUAAUCACUGACUUCAUCUCUGCAAAUAAUACUAGGAUUAACCUUUUUUUAUUGAUCUGUUGUUUUAUUUAAGAUUAAUAAAAGAGAAGUAGCGUUUGUGUAAAGAUAACUAGUCAAUUCAGAUGUAGAUGUCUUUUUCGGCCGAUCAGUGGUUACACAGCGCCAUCUGUAUAUAUGACGACGGUCGACUGUGAUUGCUGGGAAGAUGUUGGUCCUUUUAAUAGACCUUUUGCUUUAGUUGUACACGUGAUCAACUUUCGUUAAACACAAGAACAGAUCGUUUUUGAAAAUUUUUGUUAGCAUGAGCUGAAAGGGCAUAUAAAAAUUAGGAAACCUGUGAAUUUUCAGCCGUAUAUCUCAAAAGUAGCGAUUGCAACGGCCGCCGAAAAUUGGAAGGAUUUGAAUGAGAAAAAUAACUUUUGCCACCCAGUUACGCUUUUAAGUGGUUUUCCAUACUACGCGUUGUAAAUUCUGAAAGUUUGUUUUCGUUAAAUCUUUUUCCACAAAAGUAAGCCUAACAGCUGGUUUAAUUGCUUGUGUCCUUCAGAUCGGGCGGAUGGGAGUCGUAGUGGAAAAUAAAACACAGCAGUGUAAUCAGUUGAUGUCAUGUGCGGCUGAUGGGUGAGUACCAUAUGAAAAUAGUUAUAAGUUCUCCAAACUAUUCAGAUAAGAAAAAGUUGACAUCUGAUGCCAUACUAUUAACUCCUGAAAAUCGAUGAUCUCUGUAAAAGAUGGUGCCCGAGAAUUUUGUGCUGUUAUUAAUUGGUUGUGACCAGAAAGCACUGUAUGAAAAGCUUUAGUACUAAAGCCGAUCACCAUCUAAUUCGCCAAUUCAUUGUUUGAUGUUUAAUUUGUUCUCAAUGAAAGACUGACAUUUUGUCGUGAUUUGCACUGUUUCUCCUGUUUCUGUUUCCGCUGUUGGCAUUCUGUCUGAGAAAGUUAUCAUUUCUUGAUAUCCAAAAAACGACUACCCUAUGAUAGAAACGCGAAUUGUUACUCGGAAACUAACAAAUUAUUAAACCGUACACAUAUCAUGACAAUGUAACUGUCUGUUUUAUUAGCUUCUUAAACUUUGCCUUACUCUGAAGUGGUAUGUUUAGACAAAUAUUCAGUUAAGUGAGGCGGAAUUGAGUACAUUGUAUACUGCACAGUCACAUGAUGUAUUAUUCGACAUUCCUUUGGAUCUUAACAAGUAAUAUUCUUUAUGAUCUGUGUUAACUAUAUCUGCACAGAGCGAUAUUUCUUCGUAUUUUGACCUUGAAAAAUGGUUUUGGUAAGUGCUCGUUAUUUUUUUUUAUCAGCCAAUAGUUUUUCCUUUUUAAAAAGAUCAAAACUUGGACUCGCCGACACCAAGGAAAACUGUAAGAUUAGCGACUGGAAUGCAUUGUAUCGCUAAACCAACCAAAAGUUGCGCGCAUUUCAGUAAUCAUUUCCAGGUCAAACAAAAACAGCUCUAACAGGAAAAGAAGAAAUUGAGGCUACCGUACUCCAUUUCUCUGUGUAUGAGUUGUAACAGUCCAUGAUUUAAAAAGUAAACAAACUAAUGUUAAUUGUGGUUGUUUUGUUUCUGUGUAGGACUGUUCUUGUUUGGGACACCAGGCCAAGCAAGUCUGCUGCACCCACUCAAACUGCUGCUGGUCAUAACCACCCAGUUGGAAUUCUUCCCACAUUUAAACACCUGGAUUUAACAUGGAAGCCUGUCCUCAAGGUAAUUUUAUAAUCGCUACUUGAAUAGCUUAGCAAACUCGCGCGUGUGUUUGUGUGUAUCUGAAAGCUAUAUGUCACUUCUAACUGCUGCGGUUUCGUUACGCCACGGAGAUACGGCUCUUAUGAGGGACCAGCACUGAAAAAUCACUAUUUGAUUUCCAUUAUGGCGGCCAACUCAUUUUCCAAAGGACUGUUCUCCAUUCUCCAUGAUCAUGAAAUAAACGCACCAACGUUGCGCCUCGUUGUCGCGGUUUCUUUUCUCGUUUUUCGCAUGAUUUAAAACUGAAGAAAAGGGUCUGUCACUCAGGAUAACUAAGAACAGUAAUGUAAAAAGAAGUUUGCAACCCUUCGAAAUUAAGACAAUAGCGUUAUGACAGGCGCUAGGGAUAGAGCCACUCUUGUGCCUCUCCGUUCCGAGGGUUGGUACAAUCAAUUGAUGGUUGACUGUAAGGUUGUUAUUUUGCGCAAAACAGUACUGUACAAGUACAGUGUAUGUCUAAAGUGGGUGCAGUUUGUCCGCUGACCUACGAUCCAGGGAUCUUACGAUCUUACGGAUCUUACGUCUUAGGGGUCACGUCCUGCCCGACACGUAACGUGUUAAACAUAUUGUUUUUCGCGCCUAAGAAGCCAGAUUUCUUUUCUGCAUGCAGUUGAAUAAGAUAACUAGGAAUAGCAUCUCAAAUUCAUAGAGGUGAUGCAUACAUUUACUCUAUAAGUGGCCCUUUUCCAUAUAGUGAGUCCUCUCUAUCGGAACAAUAGACCAGCCUUUCCCACACGUAAUUGGCUAUUCCACUUAAGGAAGAACUAUAACUAACAGGGAUAAGAGAGAGCUUGAGCAACAACAACGGCGACGGCUACGAAAACGUCACUUAAAAAGUGAAGUAGCGCUGCUUCAAACUUUAUCGCGCUUAUUCCAUCUGGUUCAAUUCGUCAAAAGUUGGCAGGAGAUUAAUUUUAAAAGACUGUAUCGAAUUUCAGGAAAAGAAAAAGAAAGUCGUUGUCCUGUAUUUACGUCCUCCACAAAACGUGAAAUUAGGCAGUUUCACGUCGCAGUCGUGCAACAGCGUGAUGCACGUGCCGAGUUGUUGUUUUGCUAAUCUAAACCUCUUGCUUUUUUGCCCUUUCUCGUGCAGACGUAACUGUCUUUGUUUCUUAAGCUCCCUAAUAUCUAGCGAGACGUAUUUGAUUUACAGUAGCUUUAUUUACAAGUAUAAUAAUCUCUAAGUUCAGACAGUUUUUUGUUACUUAGGUUACCGUGUCGCACCUCUCUGGUGGUGGUGAAUUUGGACCAAGUGUUUUCAGUAUUUCAGAACGUCAAGGUGCAAGAUCAGCCACUGGUGAGUUGUAACUGCAUGUGACCGUCCAUAUAAUAGUCUAAGACUUUUUUCGAUAAAAGGCCCAUGAUAGUAACAGGGUCUGUUGUGAAAUCCAGUCAUGCCUAGUUGAAGUUAAAAAUUCUACAGUUUUUGGUACACAUAUGUAGUAUUUCCCGGAGAUAUUCAGUUAUUGUUGGAAGAAUCUUUUUGCCUGAUUGGUACGUUGGUGGACACUAAAUUUAAGAUAGUCGAUGUCAAUUUAAAGUGGUGUACUUGUUUCUUCUUUCAUCAUCAACGCGUUCCUUACCGUCCCAAAUGUCUCAAACAUAGAGCUGAAAAGAAUUACAUAAGAUGUCUUUGUUAUGUGGGAUACUCUGUAAACUACAACUGUAUUACCAGUAAUUCUUCCAUUAAGGUAUGGAAUCCUUUUUUAACAUUCCAACUUCUGUGAUAUUUUAGCACCUAAACCAAGUGAAGAGAAAGAAUCCACGGUUACUUCCAAUUUAUCAUCUAGUAUUUCCAAGGGAAAGGAUCAAGGCAAGCUGCUUGAAAAUGUCAGCUCUAAGUUUUUUGUUGGCACUGAGGUGAGCCGCUUUGUACACUGUGUAAUUUUAGCGGCAGGUACUUAAUUGAUGAGCCAGUCUUCGGACCAGCGUCCUCGGGCCGUUUGGUGCCAAAUCUAUGAUCAAAAGGAUUAUUUCCUAGUGGUGAACCGUUACCAAUAACUUCACACGAAUUGUAGACAAAAUAUAUUAUGACAGAAAAAUCAGGUAACGGCAAUGAAAAAGGUAUUCAAACUUUUUAUUCAUAACUAGACCGCUAUGCUCCCUGUGUUUCAGUAAGAAACCAAUUGUGCUUCUCUAGACGUAUGACUUGUGACCUGCGAAGUAAACUGUGCAGUAAAUAUACAACUUGAAUCCGGUGUCUAACUGAGAUUUUGGUUGAAAAAAAAAAACUUGAGAUUCUUUAAGAGUCAUGCUAUACAUACACUCAGGCUUUUAGGUUUAAGUAGAUAACUAAUGUCGAUAAUUUGAAAUAUGAUGUGAACAUGCAAGGGCCCAGGUAUGCUUGUUUCAUCAUAGGUGGGGCUACGCGUCUCACUUUGUUUGAACUGUGCUAUGUUCUGUUUUGAAUUUAGGAAGGCGACCUCGUCUACAUGGACUGGAAACCUGAAAAAGAUAAUGAUAGUGGCAAAAUAGUCAGUAAGUGCCGCUUAUUUUAUUGUUAAGUAUUUCUGCUUCUUUCAGUCUUGCCACCAAUGACAUUAAAUUAUAUUAUUUUAAUUGUUGUGUUUAGCUCCCCGUCCUGAGCAGGUCUGGGCAGCCCAUGAUGGUCCUAUAUCCUCUCUUCAGAGAUCACCUUUCUUUAGAGAUAUCAUCCUCACUGUUGGUGGAUGGACAUUUGCAAUUUGGAAGGAAGGUGUUACGGUACAGUUUUCUUGUUUUUACUCUUAAGUUUCACCGGAUGGAUUGAAAACUAAAUGUAAUCGAGUAAAAGAGGUCACAUUUCUUUGAUUGUUGUACUUUGUAGAGUGGACCUCUUCUUCAGUCAGCGAGUCAUCUAAUGAGGCUAACAAGAGGACAUUGGAGUCCUUCUCGGCCAGGUACAAUAAGAUGACAGGGGUAUUAGUAACCUAGGAUGAAAGGUUUUACGAUAACAAUGCAAUUCAAAUAACUAAAAGUUCUUAACACUCGUUUAGUGAAUCAAUUGCCUGGUUUAUCCGUAAUUUAUCAAACACUUUUGUCGAUGUAUUGACAUUGUUUUUUGCCGUUGGUUAUUUAGCAAUUAGUGAAUGAGGCUGAGUAGGAUAUGAAGAAUUAUGCAGAUCUCGGAGGGUGAGGCCGAAACUAAGGAAAGCCGAAUUCAUUAAUUGCUUUAUUAUCCAUUCAAAAUAAUUCCUAGUUUAAAAACAAGCUAAAACAUGCUUACCUUCGUCGAUGUUAAGUUCACCUCGAUAGUGCAUGUUUAGAGAUAAAGGGCUGUUCAGGUCUGCAAAUAUACCCCAAAUAGCAGAUGUUGUCCGUCUUCUUGCUAUGUUUUUAGACUAUAGUUCGUCGUGAAACGAGUAAAAUGUUCCGCCGGCUGUUCGGCCAUUUUCCUUUGCACAAUCAAAACAACUCAACCUCGUCCCCAGGUCUUCUCGGUUAACGGUGCAUUAACCUGCAACUGUGCUGCACUUUUGACGUCAUCGGUUGAUUAAUCGCAAAAUUCUUCCAAAUUUGGUGAACAGUAGCUGGUUAUGGUGAAUUAUGCGUGUGCUUUUAGCCAAUCAGAAACGGAGAAAUAUUUUGAAUGAAUAAUAAUGAAAUUUAAUAAUCUUCGUAAGUAGUCUAGAAAAGGAGAGAGCCCUGGGAAUGAGGUUGAACGAAGAAUGAAAUUUUCCCUGCAUAGCUUAGCUGAGUUCUGCUGCAGUGUGUAACACAUUAUUCUUUCCGUUUUUAGGGGUGUUUUUCAUCACUAAAACAGACGGAAAUGUAGACGUGUGGGACCUUCUUGACAGGUAUUUGAUUGUGACAGAAAUUUAUCAUUUAAGGCCAAUGGGCCAUUUGCACGAUGACGUCGUUUUAUACAUGUACUACGACCAGAAUCUUUCAGGCUUUUGCUGUGUGUGUAAAUUAGGGCUUUUGUCAUUUUAACCACGCUGGUAUUGCCAAAUUUAAAUACAUAAUAAUACAUACUGCAUUAGUAUAUGGGAAAUCAAAACAUACAAGCUAAAGAGGUAGAUAUUUUAUGGUGGAAAAAAAAGGAUUUGUGUAUUUAUUCGGUUAUGUUACUUUUUGUUGUUAUUGUUAGGUCACAUGAGCCUUCGUUAACACAGAAUGUUACUGCUGCUCCGAUUACAACAAUUGCACCUCAUCAAGUCUCAAGUGAGUUUGAAACAAGCAUAAUACAUUAGGGAUAGUAAGUACUUUUUUAAAUGAAGAUAUGAUCGUCGCAGUGGUAAUUGCAAUUUAAGCAAUUGCAAAUUAACCCGAAAAAAAUUUUCACAUAUCCAAAGGGGUUUUAAGUGUAUAAUACAUGAAAACAAAUAGUAGCAAUUAAAACCUGUUAGUUUUACUGCUUGAAUUCGCUGUGACGAAGAGUUAGGGCUCCGGCCCCAGUUGUUCAAAAUUUAGAGAGCGCUAUCAACCGAAUAAAUCACUGUCCAACAGAUAAGUGUUAAGGAAACCAAUUGCACUAUCCAGUGGAUAGUGAUUUAUCCGGUGGAUAGCGUGUAUCCACCUGUUGAACUACUGGGGCCUGAACGUCAGCUUUUCAAUCUUGUUACGGUGGAAAAUUUGUUUUUGUCGACUCGUUUGAAAAAAAACACCGAAUUUAUAACAUACCUUGGCGUUUCAAAGUACUGAAAAUUUGUGCACUAUUUAUGACUGCUCAGUUGUUUGGAGGCUGGAAAGCGCUUUCCACCUGGUUAAUCACUACCCAGCGGAUACACGUUUCGUAUUAGGCAGAUCACUUGGGUUAUCCACUGGACUGUAAUUUGUCCAAUGGGUAGCAUUAUCCACCUUUUCAACUACUGGCUGGUGGUUGCGAUGUAUUGUGACCUGUCUGCACCUACAAGCCAACUUGUCUUGAUUGUUUGGUUGUCAGGUAAACAGCAGCUUUUAGCUGUGGGUGACAGUAUGGGCACGUUACAUGUCAUGGAAGUACCAUGGAAUCUCAGACACCCAUCAGCUAAUGAGGUAAACUGUACAACUGUUCUUUUCUUCUUGAUUCAUUUAGUUGAAUUUACUGCUGGAAACUAGUUAAAACAAAAGAAAUAACUAACACAUGACAGGCAUUGUUCACUCGUUUGCUUAACCUUCGCAGGCGAGAACAAAUUGCGACUUUUAUUUUCAUUUAAUAUAAUUUAAAUUACGUUUUGUUCCUUUGUUUGUUUGUUUUUCUUUUUUUUUUUUCGGUUUGGGUCGGGGCUUGCCCAUCAAUCUGUCCGGUAAAGGUGGUUUCAGAGUUUGAGUUUGAGUAGCCUAUGUGCAUGUUAAAUCUUGGUGUAAUAAUCACCUUGUUAUUCUAAUCGCUGUAUUAAAACUUGAAAGGCCACUGCGAUGGAGAACUUCUUUGAGCGUGAAGUGAAACGUUUGGCGUUUGUGGAGGAAAGAAUGAAAAUCCGAGAGCAAGAAAAGAAACAGCUUGAUGCUGAGGAAAGCAGACGUCAACAGGUGAGGGUAGGCUCUAAAAAGGGUUCUCUCUGGUGCCGGGAACACUAUGGCAGCUUCCUCCGCGGUUGAUAUUAUGACAUCUCAUAUAAACAACCUUCACGAGCAGUAAUACUUCAUUGUCGUGUCUCAUAACUGCGAUUGGUAUUGUCCCUAUUGAUUCUCCCAUGCGUGACUUUGAGAAGCAGUAUCGUUAACAUCAAUGCAUGUCUUUUUAUCAGGGUUGACACCGGGUUCGAAGUGCAAAAUUAAUAAACGCCGCGGCGUUUAAUCGAAAAAAAUCGGUAUUGGUAUUAAGAAGAGUUACGACUAGUUUCGUUUUUAUUUUUGUUCUCAAAUAGCAGUUCAAGAUUGUAUUCGUACUUGAGGGCACAACUGUUAACGGUUAUUCUGUGAAUGAGUUCCUGGCUUAUUUAGUAGUAAGUUAACACUUGUCCAUGACAUUUGGCGGUGAAGCGAGAAUUUGGGCUCUUAACCACCAAACCCGCAUCAGCUUCUAUCGUUUACGUUCUUGACUGUAGUGCUGUAUAGAGGUGGUCUUUGUAAUGUAUGUCUCAUUGUAGGAAGCCAAGCGACCCGAGGAUACUGAAGCCGAUUUAGAUGCUCGAAUGAGAAUGGUGAGCUUCCACCUUCUAACUGAUUUUUACCAUUCUCACUUUUUUAUGGUUGUCACCCUUUUCCAUGCCUAGCUCUUCUAAUGCUCUCUAUAUCUUUUUGUAUUUUUUUUUGUCGUUUUGGUUGUAUCGAUGGUAGCCUGAGAAAACACCCGGCAUUCCGCGCCACCACUGGUUUCCUCGUGGUGACGUCGCGAAAUGUUGGCUGUUUUCCUAGGCUAGAUUGAAGGGGAUUGUUGACGGUGUACAUGUGUUUCCAAUGGAAAAUCGGGGAAAAGGAGCUCAUCGAAAAAACGCUCUUUUUAUAGCAAGACGUCCUCUUGCGUGUUACUGUUUUGGCUCCCAACCAUCAUUCUUCUUUAAAGUUAAUUCACAUAUUUAUCGUAUACAGGAAUAUCAGGAAUACUUGCAGAUGGAAAAACAAUUACUUGAAGAACUUGGAAUCAUAGAGGAGUCGGAUGAUCAGCCCGAAGUUUAGAACGGCGUACUCAACCGCAGGCUAUGAUCAGUUUUUUUGUUCAAAGUGUAAAUAUUUUUUAUGGCAAUCACUUACUUUCAAAGAAAGGAUUAAUGGGGCUAAAAUGCUUUUACCAAAAUCCUAAGCUCUUCUCUGAACCUUCCAUUGCGAUGUAAAUACUUUGGUUUUUCGAAUCGUUUUUGGACAAUUUACAAGGCGAUUUUUAGCACUGACACUCUGCAUUUCGUUAGGGUCACGUCAACGAGUCAGAAAGCAUUGUACAUAUAAUUCGAUGAGACUGCCUAAUUAUACUUGUAACCACCUAAACAAAACGAAAGAGAGUGUGUGUCUUGUUCGUCGAUUCAAAUAAAC